AUGCAGGCUCCCGCCGAGGAACUGCCUCCUCAGGGCGCAGCGGCUCUGCCGCCAGAGCCGGGCGACGCAGCGUCAGAGGCGGCAUCGGGCUCCGAGGAGCGCGGCGACGAGAUUGGUUCCGAGCUCGGCGUCAAACAGGGGGGGCUUGAGAGUGCCAAGCGUGAGCUUGAGGAGGAAGAGGCUCCACCGCAGGGCGUGGUCGCCAAGGUUGAGAGGCGCUCGCCCGAUGGUGCAUAUACGAAUGAAGAGCGCUCGCCCGAGACGGCAGCGCCGCAGGCGGAGGGGGGGGAGGCAGCUCAUGACGAACAGUUGGAGGGUGAUCCGCCAGCAGGCGCUCGCCAGGUAGGGGAGUUCGCGGAGGUGCAUGGCAUCGGGGAUAGCAUCGCGCGUUGCAACCGCUGCUGUCGCACGGCAAAGGAGUGCAACUACAGGAUCAAAGCGAAGGGUCAGUCGACUUGCCAGUGCGACGCGUGCAACGCGAACGGGGUGCGCCUUUCUCGGAGGUUCGGACAGUGGCCGCCAAAGUGUUUCGCUAAAAUGAAGAGUGAGUUCAAGCAGCAGUUCUACAAGGGUGGCAAGUACCUUCCGCUGAGGAAGUGGGCGCGCGACGGCUUCGACGCGAAAAAGAUCGAACGUAAUGUGCAGGAUAAGAGGUGGAACCCUGAUCUCGGGGAGUGGGCGUACAGGCCGCAAUUGGAGGCGGCCUGGAGCGAGACAGUGGAGGCCGCAGUGCGCAACGAGCUGUACACCGAUAAGAGGGCGCAGGCGAAACAGAGCGGCCCGCGGGCAGCGGCCUCGACGGGCGUCGCAGAGCACGGCGGCGACAAGGGCGACAGGAGCGACGAGAGCGACAUGUCCAGAUCCAG